AUGAGUGAAUCAAAUUAUACAAAGGAAAAGAAAGUUGGUGAAGGUACGUACGCCGUGGUUUAUCUGGGCAAACAGCUCAGUUCUGGAAAUAAUAUUGCGGUAAAAGAAAUCAAAACCUCUGAAUUUAAGGAUGGUCUGGAUAUGUCAGCUAUAAGAGAAGUGAAGUAUUUACAGGAGUUAAAUCAUCCCAAUGUCAUUAAUUUGAUAGAUAUUUUCAUGGCCUAUGACAAUUUAAAUCUUGUUUUAGAAUUUUUACCUACUGAUUUGGAAGUUGUAAUAAAAGACAAGAAUAUUUUGUUCACCCCAGCAGACAUAAAGUCAUGGUUAUUAAUGACUUUGAGAGGUGUGUAUCAUGUACACAGAAAUUUUAUAUUGCAUAGAGAUUUGAAGCCUAAUAAUUUAUUAAUAUCGCCAGAUGGUCUCAUCAAAGUAGCAGAUUUUGGUUUGGCAAGAGCUGUGCCGGGUCCAAGAGAAAUGCUUACAAGUAAUGUGGUUACGAGAUGGUACAGAGCUCCAGAGUUAUUGUUUGGUGCCAAACAUUAUACCUAUGCUGUAGAUGUUUGGUCUAUUGGUGUAAUUUUCGCCGAAUUAAUGUUAAGGAUACCUUAUUUACCAGGCCAAGAUGACAUGAAUCAAAUGGAGGUAACGUUUAGAGCAUUAGGUACACCAACUGAUAAACAAUGGCCAGAAGUUUCAUCAUUUCCUGGGUAUAAUAAAUUACAAAUAUAUCCACCGCCAUCAAGAGAUGAAUUAAGGAAGAGAUUUAUUGCUGCUACAGAAAGUGCGUUGACUUUAAUGGAAAAUAUGUUAAUGAUGAAUCCACACACUAGAUGGGACACAACUCAAUGUCUCGAAAGUGAAUAUUUUAAAGAGUUACCGACACCUAGUGACCCUGCUCAAAUAAAUAUUUUGUCUCAGAAGGCAUAA